UGCCAGAAUGAAAAGUGAACAGGAAAAGAAUGCAUCACUGUUGGUAAAAUUGGGUAGUCUGGAAACUCAGCUUGAAUCAGCAAAUAGAGAGAUACAAAUGCACGAGGUUCAUAUGCAAAAAGAGAACAGAAAGGUUUCCCAGCUACAAAUGCAAAUAGCUGUAUUGGAAAAAUCGGAGAAAUGUCGAGCCCUUGAUUUGCAGGAGUGUAUGUUAAAAAACAAUGCAGAUUUAGCAGAACGUGAUUAUGAGAUAACGAAGCUGACUGCAGCACUGAAUGAUGCCUCGGAAAAUUUUGCUUCAGAGACGGCACAGCUUAAGUCACGUAUUUUUAAUUUGUCAGAACGUUUGACCACCCAAGAAGCAAGGACUGAGGAAUGGGAAUUGCAGUGUGAAUCAUUAGCUAAUGAGAUUAAGCAAUGUGAAGCCAACAAAAAUGAGAUGAAAAGAAUGCAUGAAGCCCAGGAAGCGAGUUGGCUAGAUGAGAUGGAGAGAAUAACACUAGAGCUAUAUGAGAAAAAUGAAUGUGUGAACACUAUGAAUGAAGAUCUAGAUAGGCUGAAACUGGAGUUUGACGCGCUCUGGGCUGAGAAAGAUGAUCUCAAUGCUAAGUUACUGACACUUUGUGCGGAGCUAAGUUUCCGGGAUAAGCAAGUUCAAGAAACAGAGGGUCGUCUGCAACAGUUGCAUUCUGAAAAUGUUCAGCUGAGUGCAGAAUCUCAAAAUGCAAAUAAGGUAACUGAUGAACUAAGAUCUAGAGUCGAGGAAUUAGGGAAAGAGGUGGAAAGGCAGAGAGUCUUGAUCUUGGAUAGAGCUGAGGAGAAAAGAGAGGCUAUACGACAGCUAUGUUUUGCAAUAGAGCAUUAUAGAAAUCAGAAUGAAGAACUUCGCUGUGCAUGUAAGAGGCCUGCAGUUAUGGUCUCAUAAAUUCAGUAUUUUCCUUCCAAAGCAAAAAGUCCUCUACAAAAAUCUCAAGAAAUAUAUUUCUUAGAUACUGCAGUAUGUGUUUUGUCAAGUAUUGUAAUUCAUCGUAUUCAAUAACAUCUUAUAUUUGUAUUUUGCCAUUACUUUGGUUAAUUGUGCUUGUACUGAUUCAUCUUUUGACAUUGUUGCGAUGAAUAUUCACGAACAGAAUUGAUGUUCGGUUGGCUGAUUUGUUUU